AUGAUUUUAAUCUUACUUCUCACUUUUCUCACUCUAUUCUUAAUUCAUCAAUUCUACUGGAGACGUCGGAAACUGCCACCGGGACCCACACCGUUACCGAUUCUUGGGAAUUUACAAAGUCUUGCUAAGCCUCGGCCAGGAUAUGAGGCGUUCCAGAAGUGGACAGAGGAGUAUGGACCGGUUUUUACGUUUUGGUUGGGCACCACCCCAUUCAUCGUCAUCACCUCGUAUGAAAUCAUGAAGGAGACAUUUAUCAAAGACGGUGACAGCUACUCGGACAAACUAUUGCAUGGAAAAGGAAACGGAAAGUAUUUUGGAGUUCUCGACACCAAUGGAGAAAUGUGGAGUAUUCAUAGACGAUUCACCUUGACACAGCUACGAGAUUUGGGUCUCGGGAAGGAUUUGAUGCAGCAGAAGAUUUUAUUGGAGAUUGAAGAGUUGCAGAAUGUUCUUGACAGUCAGCUGGGCACCAGGAUUCGGUUGAAUGAAGUUUUGGAUAGAAGCGUCGGGAAUAUUAUCAACUUGACGCUGUUCAAUAAGAGAUUUGGAAUGGAUCAACGCGACGAGUUCGCCUAUUUGAAAUCGAUGAUCGACGCAAUUAUGAACAUUGUCUCGGAAUUCAAAUACUUCAUUCAGCACCUCAUCCCAUGGACUUCUAUCAUAUUCCCCGGUGUGUCACUUCAAAAGAAAACCAAAGAGUACGGCGAGUUGUUGAAUGUGUUUUUCAAAGAGCAAAUCGCGAAACAUCGCAAGGAAAUUGAUUUUGACACUGUGGAGAGUGAGGAUUUUGUGGAAGCUUACUUGAAGGAGCAGAUGAAACGAGAGGAGGCUGGGGAUAAGGAGACGUUUUGCGAAGAACAACUGCUUGCAAUGUGCUUCGACCUAUUCAUGGCUGGCCAAUUCACAACUACAACCACCCUAACCUGGGGUAUCGCCUAUUUCCUUCAUCACCCUGAAGUGCAAACCAAAAUCCGAAAGGAGUUGGAUCAAGUCAUCGGAAGCCACCGACUGGUCACCACCGCUGACAAAAACGAUCUACCGUACCUAUCCGCGUUCCUCAAUGAGACUCAACGAUGUGCCAAUAUUAUUCCAUUGAAUUUACUGCAUGUGACGCGGAAGGAUACCACUAUUCGAGGGAUUCACGUGGAAAAGGGGACAGGAGUGAUAGCAAAUAUUAGUACGGUUAUGCUGGAUGGCAAAAUAUUCCCAAAUCCCCUCCAAUUCAAUCCUGACCGUUUCAUUGAGAAUGGAAAAUUGAGAAAAGUUGACGAAUUGAUCCCAUUUUCGAUUGGAAAACGACAAUGUUUGGGCGAAGGACUUGCUCGGAUGGAGCUCUUCUUGUUUUUUGCGAAUCUUUUCAAUCGAUAUGAGUUUGAAGUGGAAGAUCUGCCAUCGAUGAACAAGUCAAUUGAUAGUUUUGUGAUGCCGAGGGAGAUUAAUGUGACUUUGAGAAAGCGGCUUGAAUGA